GCCCAUUAUGACCAAACCUAGCCAGCCUGAAACUAUUUGGCGGCGAAAUUUAGUAUUUGUCGCUUUUGCUAUUGUUGGUUAUAUUCUUUUUCAAUAUCCUUCCGUUUUUCUGUUUUAAGACUUACGCUCAUAGCAAUGAUGGGCCUGGAUAUACAUCAUUCAAGGACACUCAGUCGUGCAUUCAAUAUGCUGAUGCCAGUCUAUCUGCAAAAUGCAGCCAUCGACAAUUCUGCUGGCCAUGAAAAGACCGCUAGCCGAGUGUCAUUUCUCGACGGACUCCGCGGAUAUGCAUCUCUUAUUGUAUUUAUUUCUCACUUUUUAGAACCCUUUGAGCCUGCUAAGCGAUUUGGAUAUGGUUUUGGGGAGGAACACAAUUCGUUUCUACAGCUUCCUAUCAUUCGCGUAUUCUAUUCCGGCGUCCCCAUGGUAGCCAUCUUCUUCAUUAUAUCUGGCUAUGCGCUUUCUUAUAAGCCUUUUAUGCUUGUUCACCACGGACCGGCAUCCCAAUUAUCAGAUACGCUAGCAUCGGCCAUCUUCCGCAGAGAUUCGCUGGAGUACGCAACAUUGCCGGGUGUUAUUGAGCCUCGCCCCCGUCGUUUUGUCAAUGCGCGUGACCAGUUCACCGAUUGGUGCCGAUUUGUUGUCGACGAACUCACAAAUCCGUGGGAUUGGCGGGUUGCUGACUACGUUUACGAUUCCCACCUGUGGACAAUACCUAUUGAGUUUCGCGCUUCUCUGGUGUUAUUCCUGGUUUUAACAUGUAUCUCACGAAUACGCCGAUUAUAUCGCUUAGCCAUCUCGGCUGCGCUCGGGCUAUAUUGCAUGUGGUGUGGCAAGUGGCAUAUGGCUCUCUUCAUGUGUGGCAUGUUGUUCGCCGAUCUCGCGGCUAUGAAUCGGGCGCCACUGGUAACUUCCAAUCGCUACUGGUGCCUUGUUAUUAGCUUGGUCCCUCUUAUCCUGGGAUUGCUUCUCCUCUCGUUUCCUAUCCGAAACGGCCACAAGACACCGGGCUAUGUCUUGCUAUCACGGAUAACACUCAAUUACAAUAUCUGGCAUACUUUUGGAGCUAUACUAGUAUUCUGGGCUUUCGAGAAUUCCCUUAUACUACGAAGAGCUUUUGACAAUUCAUUCGCGAGAUACCUCGGCAAAAUCAGCUAUGCUCUAUAUAUUGUCCACGGCCCAAUACUCCAUAGUCUUGGGUACGGUAUUACUUCCUAUAUUUGUGGACUUGGUGAGAAUUUAUCAUUCUCGAAUUACAGCGGCCUCUUUUUGGGAUUUUUACUUGUAGCGCCUAUUGUCUUUUGGUGGGCUGAUAUUUUUGAGAGGCUGGUUGAUCAACAGAGUGUAAAACUAGCUAGAUGGAUGUACAUGAAGGUGCGUAUUGAGUAG